UCUCGGGCUCUUACUAGUGGAGUUAAUUGCUGUUCUGUUCUGCUCUUGCUCUACCUCUGCUCUGCUUCUUUUUCCCACUUCUUACUCCGUCACUUAUUUAUUAGUCUACUUAAUUACAACUUUCUUCUCUUUCGCUAACUAUCGAAGUUCCCCGUUGUAAGCUCUCAGCUGCGGGUGCCAUCUCUUGAAGAUCCCACUUAUUCGUCUCCCUCUCUUUCACUCUCUCCUCACUGCAUUCCCCUCCCUCCUCCCGCAUUGUCUCCGCCCGUCAAGUCAAACAUGCCACAGCCAGAUUCGGAGGAACACAUCCAGGUAGAUACAAGCGACGAAGACUCCCUCAUAGAUGAGCAAUCCAUCGUCGAAUCCAAUAUUUCAAUAACGUCAUCCGUACGAGACUACUGUUACGAAAAUGGCCGCCGCUAUCACGCCUACCGCUAUGGGCAAUAUCCCAUGCCCAACGACGAAGAAGAGCAGGAUCGCCUCACAUUAAUGCAUCAUGCCUUCAAGCUCCUCUUGGGGGGUGAUUUGUAUCGCGCGCCGAUAGGCGAACCCCAGCGCAUCUUGGAUAUAGGCACUGGGACGGGCAUCUGGGCGCUGGAAAUGGCCGAAGACUUUCCUAAUGCGGAGAUCGUGGGCACCGACCUGAGUCCGAUUCAACCCAAGUGGGCACCGCCAAACUGCAGCUUUCUCGUGGACGACGCGGAAAGUGAUUGGGCCUACAUCGGCAAUGAGCCCUUCGACUAUAUCCAUGCUCGCAGCUUGGGUGGCAGUAUCGCCGACUGGGGCCAGCUCCUUCGUCAGGCUUACGAGAAUGUGAAGCCCGGCGGCUGGGUCGAAAUUCAAGAAUCGGAGACCUGGGUGCAUUCCGAUGACGGAACCUGCAAAGAUGCUGUUAUGGUAAGGGAGCUGCAGCAGAAGCUGGAAGAGUCGAGUACGAAAUUUGGGAGGCGCAUGAACAUUGCUCCUGAAGUGAAGGGUUACAUGCAACGCGCUGGUUUCGUCAACGUUGUGGACGAUAUCUACAAGUGCCCUGUAGGCACGUGGCCAAAGUCCCCUCGUCUGAAGGAGAUCGGACGAGUGGGGAAACUGAUUCUUUAUGACUCGGUCGAGCCAUACUCGCUAGCACUCUGGACUCGUGUCCUGGGAUACACCUAUGAGGAAGCCCAAGCCUUCGUGAAGAAGGUACAUGCGGAGCUUGCAAGUUCCACCUAUCAUAUCUACAUAUUCUUCCAUUAUGUGUAUGGACAGCGACCAUUAGACGGAUGAUGACGAUACGAUUAGACUAUGUGACGGCCGUGACAUGCUUUAUGCCUCUACUCUUUUACAUUUUUGGCGUCAAAAUAGCGGCGGGUACAUUAUUCUUCUUUAUGACGAUACCCUCUUUCUGGGCAUAUAUA